AAGGUGCAAGGAAUUCAUGUUUUUUUACUCGUGAGGGUAAAUUUUUAAUGUUGACAUGCAACUGCUUGUUAAUUAUUGUUAUCAUCUAUUUUAAGUACAUAAUAAAAUCCAACUAUUAUUAGCGCAUAUUUAAAAGUGAAAAGUGUCAUCUGGUGACUUGUUAAAAUAUGCAUCACUUUAACACAGACAUACACGUGAUAUGUACUAUGCUAACAUUGUACAUUUUGUUAACAUUUGACAUUUCAUAUGCAUUUAUACAUGGUGGUUGAUAAAAAACUAAAAAUAACAAGGUUUUUUAUUAUAUUAUUUGAGCGGGAUUUGUUUUUAGGUUUGCUUUUAUUGGUCACGCGAAAUUAGAUUAUUAUUGGAAAUUUCUAAUAGACAGAAUUUCCCAACCCAAGCGAUUUACCACAAGCGACAUUUGCGAUUUUAAACGAUUACUACAUCGAAUCACACCACGAAUAUUUAUAAAACUGUCUUUUUCAAGACACUCCAGUAAAAUUUAAUUCAAAAGAAACCAAAAUGGCCGAAAACGGUUAUCAUAUACACAUCACCAAAGCAAUGGAAUCCAUUGCAAACAGAUUUAAAAACAUAUCUGUAGAUGAUAUGAACAAAAUAAUAGGUGAAGUACCAGAGUACCAAAAUACCUAUCCACAGCGCGUAGCUGUAGAAAAGAAUACUUCCCGUAAUAAUGGUCCAACAGCGAUCAUUGACGUUCAACCCGAUUAUAGAAAUAUAAUCCUGUAUAUAAACUACCACGUUACAAGAGAAUAUCCCGAGAUUAUUGUCAAAGGAUACCCAGCUCUGACACCGCCAUCACUAACUGGAUAUUUACUCGCAUUAGUAUAUGCAUACGCAUUACUCAAUGACGAUGAAAAUGUUCGAACGAUGAAGUCAACGUACGCACAUGAAUUUACGACACGACGUAACUUAGAUAGGAUUUUAACAGAUCUUAGAAGAUUACCAGUUCCAAAAUUUAUGAUGCCACUAUUCACAUCACUAUUCGCAGGAUUUGACGAAAGAAAACCUAACAUUCUUUUUGUUAACUCUCUCGCAUGUUACGACAUAGAAUAUGAUGGAAGAACACCUCCAAUUAAUCUAUAUUUUACCGCCCACAAUAUUAUUGCCUCGCGUCCAGCGAACCUCACACCAACAGCACUCACAGAAGAAUGGAUGAACACAACUCUCGUUCAACACCCAGUGAUCUUAACAGUUUCAAACUUUUUAGGAACACGAAUUGAGAAUCUCGAGUAUUACAACUGGUUUUGCCAGAUUAAUACAGCUUUAUUCAACCCUGUUACAAUGAGAAGCAAUACAGUCCGACCAACAUUUAGACAAAUGGAAACCUUUCCACAAAAUGUAGGAAAUAACUUAGAUAAUGUUAAUCCUUAUAUUCAUUUAUUGAAUUUAGAUGACGUUAACCUAUUCACCACCCAAGGUAUCUUAAACGAUAUCGGAAAAAGUAUUUCAGAACACUUUGACGGAUGUUUACCACUAGGACAAAUCGAACACUCUGCAACUGGCAGACAAAUAAUUAAUCACUACUAUCAACCAGUGACAUUGCCAACAUACAGCAGACAACCUGCAACAGCUAGUACAACUAGUAAACGAGUAGACCCACAAACUUUUGCUAAUGGCAUGCAUUUUAUAAAACCACCAAUUAUUAAUGCCAACGUUACAAUAGCAAUACCAGAAGAAAGUGCAUCCAUGCACAAACAUCUCUACCUCGCACACGAAGAACCAUAUUCACGCGAAAACGACCCAAUCCAAUAUCAAGAAUUUGAUAUUUCAACGCAUCUUGAAAAUUAAUCGAAAUUGACGAAAUUGACUCAGUCAGUAUUCCUCAACCGAAUCCUCGAAAUCCCAUAGCAGUUGAAAAUAGCUACUAUCUUGAAUCAGCGAUCC